CCCAAUCAGAUUGAAAUGAGUGGUCCCUCCACUCGGUACAUUAAGGGCUAUAUAAAAAUUAUUCAGUCGUAUGGCAAUCGCUGGCGAGAUAAGACGAAAACAAUCAUGUUCUACAACAGUGUCUUCACUAUUUGUCUCCUUGUGAGUUUCAUCUGUCCAGUUGUAAUUGGCUCACGAACACAAAAAGUGUCGGCCACCAUACUGGAAGGAUACCCCGAUCAAUUGGAAGUGACACCAUUCACUAGAGUCGGAAAUAAACUGUAUCAUGUGGGUCAAUCAAAGGUUUCUUGGUUCAAGGCAAACUUAAUAUGUCGUUCUAUGGGUGGUUACUUGGCCUCUUUUGACAAUCAACAAGAAUUCCAGGAAUUAUCAGACCAUUUAAUAGCCAAUUAUCCAACGGACAGAUGGUGGUGGAUAUCGGGAUCUGAUCUAGAUUCAGAGGGUAAUUUUUAUUGGUACCGAACUGGGGAACCAGUCAAAUAUGCUGACUGGUCAGAUAAACAGCCUGAUAAUGCUGGAGGCAAUGAAAAUUGCAUGCAUUUGUGGUACCAGUCGACAAAAUACCAAAUGAAUGACUGGAUCUGCAAGAAGGAUGCAUUCUAUAUUUGCGAAGCCGAUAAACCGACUACAGUUGUGGUUAGUGUUUUUUGAAACUCGAAAUAGUGUGUAAUGAUUUUCUACGUAUACCGUUAGCUUCAAAUAAAAUGAAAAGAGAAAGUAAAAA